GGCUAUCACGAUCAUCCCAGUCGAUCUGGUGUGGCUUCCUCUUUAAGCAGGAGCUCUCUAGAUUUCUCCAUCGUUAGACACCUUUGCGCUUUCUUGAGUAAUCUCUGGACGACCUAACGUAACCCUUAAUAAUGGAUGAAGAAUAUGAUGUUAUUGUUUUAGGCACUGGGCUCAAGGAAUGUAUUUUGAGUGGAUUGUUGUCGGUUGAUGGUAAGAAAGUCCUUCAUAUGGACAGGGAGAGUUAUUAUGGAGGGACGACUGCUUCACUUCAGCUUAAACAGUUGUUGGAAAAGUUUGGUAAAAACAUCGAAGAGGAAAAGAAGCAACAAGGGGAUAAAUUUAAAAGCUUGUAUGGCGACAGGGAAAAUGACUGGAAUGUUGACUUGGUUCCUAAAUUUAUCAUGGCCAGAGGUGAACUGGUCAAGAUGCUGAUCCAUAGUGGAGUCACCAAAUACUUGGAAUUCAAAAGCAUAAAGGGCAGUUAUGUAUUGAAGAAAGAUACUGUUUACAAGGUGCCUGCUAACGACAAAGAAGCAUUAGCCUCCAGUCUCAUGGGGAUUUUUGAGAAGAGAAGAUUCAAGAACUUUCUGUUAUUUGCCGCAGACUUUGAUGUCAAUGAUCCAAGUACAUGGAAAGGUGUGGACCCCAAGAAAACUACCAUGGAUGAGGUGUAUAAGAAGUUUGGCCUGGACGUAAACACUGCUGAUUUCACAGGACAUGCAUUGGCUUUGCACAGAGAUGAAAGCUAUAAACAGCAGCCUUGUGAACAAAGUCUGGUGAAAAUAAAGUUAUACUGUGAUUCUCUGGCAAGUUAUGGCACUUCACCUUACCUUUAYCCCUUAUAUGGCCUUGGGGAGCUACCACAAGGCUUUGCAAGACUUAGUGCCAUAUAUGGGGGCACAUACAUGUUAAAUAAACCAAUAGAAAAGAUUGUUUAUGACGAUGAAGGGCGUGUAGUAGGAGUGACAUCAGAAGGGGAGACUGCCAAAGCCAAGAUGGUUAUAGGUGACCCAUCAUACUUCUCUGACAAAGUUAAGAAAGUAGGGCAGGUUGUAAGAGCAAUAUGUAUUAUGAACCAUCCCAUUAAUAACACCAAAGAUAUAGAAUCUGUGCAGAUUAUAAUACCACAAAACCAAGUUGGAAGAAAACAUGACAUUCAUCACAAAAUCUAGCGAUGCAACSACUCACUUUGAGACAGCUUGCGAUGACAUCAAAGAUGUCUACCAGCGAUGUACGGGUAAAGAAUUUGACUUUAGUAAAGUCAAGACAGAAGAAAACAAUGAAUAAAACUAAAAAAAAAAUCAUCUAAAACAAAAAGGUUUUUAUCAGGCUUUGUCAAUACUAGAAUUACAAGCAAAUACAAUGUACCAUUUAAUGAAUGUGUCAACACCAAAAUAGGAAUCAAAUUAAAUUUCUAUCCUUAGCGUACAGCAUUGUCCAAACUCUUUGAGUAAAUUUGCAGAAAUAAUGACUGGAAUAAAUAUGUUUUGUAAUGGGAUUUCUUUGUUUUUAAACAGUGAUUUUCAAAUGACUGAAAGGUAAUGAUAAUAGUGGAUAGUAUACUUCAGACUCCUUGUUWGAUUUUGUUCUUUCUACAUGUAGUUUAGCUCAAAUUAUGUAGUCUUUUAUUCUCAAGUGAGUUUAACCAAAUUGUUUAUGAAAAACUGCAAAAUGUAAGAGCAAAGAAUAUAAUGGCAGAACAAGACGUCCGUCUAAACAGUACUAAACUUGGUUGUUCAGAUGGUCAUUUUCAUUUGACAGAAAAAGAGUAGUGAGACUAAUGUWUUCUUUUGUUCUUUACCAACCAAUAGAGUGAAAACACUUAAAUCUUUCAGCUGUACAAAAUCUAAGUAGUACUAAUUUUUACUAAAAGUGGACCUGAAGCAAGACGGUAUUGAAUGCUUCAUUUGUAUCAAUUCAAUUUAAUUUCUGUACCACAUGCAGGACUAUUUUCUAAAUACAGCUAAAUAGCAAUAUUUUGUAUGUACAGUUGCAUGGUUUAAGUGUUAUCACUCUACUAAUUAAACAGUCUUCUUAAUUGUACGGUCAAAUGAAAAAGACUGCAAUAAAGUACUUUAAAAAAACAA